CACCUGACGAUAGUCUCUUAGAGGCCCCAAAGAAAAGUUUAUUAAUAUCCAGAAAAUCCCAAGUAUAAUUAAAGAAGUGAAUUUUUCAUUAUAUUCCGUGAGAAGAUUCCGUGGGAAGAAGCCCCAAUCCAUAAUAUCUCAAAUAUUUAAGUAAACAGCAAAGAAAAUUAGCAUCGCAUUUUGUAAGGGCGGAAACUCAAGUGGUCACAAAUUCAACGAUGGACAAACGUAAAGGGAAAAAGUCGCCAGUAAAAGGAAGGAGUCGAAGUGAACGAAAGAAAUCUGUACCUGCUAAAUACCAAGAUACACAGGAAAAAAAGAAAACUGCUAAGCCAACUGCGUCCCAAUCUGUAAAGGAGCUCAAAUUGAUGAUGCAAAAAACAUCAACAGCAGAACAUGAAGCUGGUAAAAUCGCUCAUUCUGGAGCUUCAAAUUUCGAUCCUGAGUACCAGUAUGCAGCAUCAUCUCAAACUCUUGAGAUUGAGAAUAAAAUGGCGUUGCGCAAAUUGGCGCACGAAUUGUCUACGCCAAUGGGUCCGAGGACUCCCGCAAUGGUGACAUUACCAAACACUUCUUCUGUGGAUCCUGGAUAUAUAACUAACCAGGAUUAUCAAUCAUUGAUUGACAACCGAACGAGUCGCUUCCAUGAGGGAAAUAAUCAACUCACGGCGUAUAGUCAGUAUGGUUCGACACGACCAAUACAAAAUAUUGAUCAUACGAGGAAUGUUUUGCAACCAGGUACAGUGACUCCCGUCGUAAUUCCUAACUACCAAACAAGUCUCUUCCAUGAGGGAAAUAAUCAACUCACGGCGUACAGUCAGUAUGUUUCAACUCAGCCAAAACAAAUUGAUCAUACGAGGAAUCUUUCGCAACCAGAUACUGAAACUCCGGAUCGUGAAAACAUUGUUGAGUCCGAUACAGAUUCGGAAACGUCACUGCAAGUUUCAGGCGGAGUUUCAUCUGUGAUUUUUAAAAAGAUUGACUCACUGAGCAAAUUUGUGGAGGAGAAGUUUGAAAUACUUUUCAAACAACUUGAGGGAUACGAUAAGAGACUUCAGAACGUUGAAGAGGCUCUAAGGAACCACCAUCAUUGGAAGGAUGCGAUGCAGGAGAUUCCAAAAAAACCCUCAAUGUUUCCCAUUGGGGAUGAAGAAACUUUUUUGGAGUUUGAAAAUGUUGAUGAAAGGAGCGAAGUGUUUAACUCGUGCGUAACGUAUUUCACUUGGCUCACUGUGGAAAAUUUCAAUGAUUCUAUAAGGGAGAUGAUGAAAGUAACCUUUGACGAGAACUUUGUUAAGAAGGUUACAUAUUUUGGAUCUGAACAAAGUAUCAAGUUGAAGGACAGCAAGGUUGCUGAAGCGAUUUUUCGUAAGUAUGAUUAUCCUAAAUUCUCACUUAAAUUAUAGAAAAAAUAGAUAGGAAGGAUGUAAUUUUG